GCCGAUCAGGAUUGAUCAGCGAUUUAACGAGCUGGCAAAACGUGCGGUAUUUCGCGGAAGCGAGCGUCGCGAUAUUCGAGAAGUGCCAGCCCGAAGAGUUCAAGGGUGAAUUACACGGAGUCGUGUUAUGCAGACGAAUCAAGCUCCCGUUAUCUCGCCUCGCCUUGCCACGCGCGCGACGCGAGUCAGCUGGUGGAGAUCAAUUCCGAUUGAUCUCGCUUGAUCUAUGUUGUUUGUAUCUUGCUGUUUAUAUUUUGCGACUUGUGCAGCGUAGUUAGCAUCACGCCGAGACAGCGUUUGACGCGGUGACGCGUUUCGAUAAGGAUUUUACGCGUGAGAACGGUACAUUUGGCGCGCGCCACCGUGUACGUGUCAGUACGUGUGCAGUUACCGCAGUUGCAUACAGUUGCAUAUACGCGCUCGCGUUUACACACACGCGUACACAAACAGGCACACACGCGCGCGUAUUCUCGAUUUGUUUGCACAAUCCCACUUUUGCCCACUUUGAAGUUCAAUCAGAGGUGGUGUGAUGUGUGUACUGUGACGUCCGAAGAUGAUCGCAGUUUUUUGUCAUCGCGCGGCGGUGCAACGUCGGCAGACUUUGAGUGCGACGCGAUUAACGACGGCAGUGCUGAGGAAUUUGUCAUCGCGCCAUGGUAGACAAUCGGGCGCCCACUAACACGGAAAAUAAGUAUCGUACGGUAAAUGCGGAUCAGGACAACCCGAGGGAGACGCGCGUGAAAGCAACGAUGCCUUCGGAAUUGCGGUCGAUUAGUGCGGCCGACUGGAUCACAGUCGCAAUUCUCUGCUUUGUAAAUCUAAUCAAUUAUAUGGAUCGUUUUACGAUCGCUGGUAUGCUGUCAGAUAUCCAGCAUGAUUUUGAUAUUGGCAAUGAUAAGUCUGGUCUACUGCAAACGGCAUUUAUUCUGAGCUACAUGGUGUUUGCGCCGUUAUUUGGGUACCUAGGAGAUCGUUAUAAUAGAAAACUUAUUAUGAGUGGUGGAGUAUUUCUAUGGUGUCUAACAACAUUUAUUGGUUCUUAUAUGAAAACAUUUGGAUGGUUCCUAUUCUUUAGAACACUUGUUGGCAUAGGAGAAGCUAGUUACUCUACAAUUGCGCCAACAAUUAUUAGCGAUCUAUUCAUAAAAGAUGUGCGAUCUAAAAUGCUCGCCUUAUUUUACUUUGCUAUUCCAGUUGGAAGUGGUUUAGGAUAUAUCACGGGAGGUGAAACGGCUCGUAUUACUGGCAAUUGGCAAUGGGGAUUACGUAUUACUCCUAUGUUAGGAAUUGUAGCGAUUCUUCUGUUGCUUACUUUACUGAGAGAUCCUAUCAGAGGCGAACGAGAAGGAGGAGUUCAUUUGACGAGUACCACAUGGACAUAUGAUAUCAAGGAGUUAUUAAAAAAUUCGAGUUUUAUGCUGUCUACUGCAGGAUUUACUUGCGUAGCAUUUGUUACUGGUGCACUGGCAUGGUGGGCGCCAAGAUAUCUACAAUUAGGUUUCCAAUUACUUCCUCAUGGAGCGAAUGUUGAUCCAGAUGAUGUUGCAUAUAAGUUUGGAUUGAUUGGUAUGGCCUCUGGUCUAAUAGGUGUGCCCUUAGGUUCUGCUAUAGCACAAAAAUUACGAACUUAUUGGCAACAAGCUGAUCCUUUGAUAUGCGCCAUAGGUCUCCUAAUAAGUGUUCCUUUACUAUUCUUCGCUAUGAUUACUGCCAAUACAAAUCCUGCUCUUUGUUAUACAUUAAUAUUCUUUGGUCAGUUAUCAUUAAAUUUGAAUUGGGCUAUUGUAGCAGAUAUAUUAUUGUAUGUAGUAAUGCCCACAAGAAGAUCCACAGCAGAGGCAUUUCAAAUACUCAUUGCACAUGCUCUUGGAGAUGCGGGCAGUCCUUACCUUAUUGGACUUAUCUCAGAAGGAUUAAAGUCUUCUUUCUUGCCGGAUUUAAGCGUAGGAGGAGGAUCUAAUAUUCAUGACAAACAAAACAUACCUGUCGAAUUCCGUAGCUUACAAUAUGCAAUGUUUCUUACAAUGUUUGUAGAGGUUCUCGGUGCUUUAUUCUUCUUCCUCACAGCAUUGCACAUACAGAAGGACAAGGCAUUAGUCGACCUUGCUAUCGCGGGUGGAAGUCUUUCAGAUUCAGUAUGUAUUUGCAGCGACGCAGUUAACAGCGAAUUACAAAAUGAUGCAAAUACGAUAAUAGAAUAUAAUAGGCAUCAAGGGGAAUCGUCUGAUUAGAUUUUUGUAGGAUCUUAAUACUUUGAAUAAGAGCUAUUAUUACGAAUAUGUAUAGUUUGGUUCUAUCAAACGUAGAUAUUGCUUUGAUUUUAUAAUAUAAAAUUAUUAUUGAUACAAAAAGAUGUAUUAUAUACAGAUCGUAUUUGCAAAGAAAGUUUUCAUCUAAUUAUAAUGAAGAGUAUUCUCAGAAAGAUAAUUACAAGUUACCACUGUUAAUAAUGUACAAUACAUUAGAUUUGCAAUUAACACAGUUCUUAGAAUUUGAAUGCGAACAUGCAUAUAUAAAUUGUACAAUAUUUUGAAAUAUUAUAUUUUUAUAAUCGCUCAUAUUACAAAUUCAUGUAAUGUAUUAUGAAAUCAUCACAUAAUAGGUAUAAUUUGUACGAAUAAUCUUUGCGUCUAGGUUGUAUUAGUAACAAUUUGCAUGUAAGAUAUUUAAAUAUUUUAUUUAAAUUUAGAUGUUUGAUUAAUUUAUUAGUACAAUAUUUGUAUUGUUUCAGCAUUAUAAAAUGUAAAAGAUAAUUACAUGAUUUUUCAAAAGAAAUUUUCAAUAAUUACUGUAUGAAUCUAAUCUUUUUUUACAUAAAAACUGUAGCAAUUAAUUAUUACUAUUAAGUGUUUGGAUAUGUCAGAGACGUGUAGAUAAAAAUAUUUCAAUAAGUAUAAAUAUAUUGCAUUUUUUUCAGAACAUUAAAAUAUUUUUGGACUUUUUUUAGAAAAAUAUAUUACAAUGAUAAAAUUAUUAUAUAAUAAUAUUAUUAAUCUCAGAUAUUAUGUAUGUAUAUGUAUGUGUAUGCGUGCGCGCACCUGGGUAUGUAUGUAUACUGGUUCGACCGUCCAGCGAUCAUUGUUGCUAAGCGUACAAGAAAAUAUUUGGAGAUGUUCUCUUUGCAUUGUUCCAAUACCGUUUACAAACAACUUCUGUGCGUUUAGCACAGACUUUGAUCGCUGGGCUGUGUUCCAAAACUGAACUACUGUAACUAUAAUUAACGUUAGAUUUUUAAUUACUUACAAGUACGAUUUUGGAACCAGCAUUUUGACGCAUGCUUAAAUUUUACAGUAAGCCGGGUAAAUUCAACUAUCUUUAUAAAUUAAUAAUUCGUUAACUAUUGCACAAAUUAUAAAUUUGUACAGAACUUUUUGAAUUAUUGUUGGUUUAGUCCGCUCUAUCUGCAUACGCUUUUUAUGGGAUAUCCUGUAUAUGUAUACACAUAUACGUACAUAUAUACAUACAUACAUACAUACAUACAUAAAUUUUAAAUAAUAUAAAUAUUAUAGAUUAUCUCAGAAUUAAUUAUUUCUUUCUUCCAGUGAUAUAUAAGAUAUUAAUAAGUGAUAUUGAUUCUUUAAAAAUUUUAUAAUAUAUGAAUUCUUUUUCAAUAUUUAUAUUUAAUCAAAUAGAAAUACUGUUAUAUAAAAUGCACAUUGGGACAUUAUUAAAAGUUAAAUAAAAUCUAUAAAAAGGUCUAUUUUAUAUUAAAAUUAAAUAAUAAAUUUAUAUAUCUAUAUAAAAAAAGUGCACAAAAUUUAUAUAAAACUACUUAAGUAAAGUUUGUGAUUAACUAAAAUUAUAAAAUCUAUGAAACUUUGAUUUAAAAGAAAAAUGUGAAAUUCAUUACACGUGGCCGAGAAAAUACAAUUAUUGCAAACUUUUAUUCAAACAUGUAUUUGAUAACACUUAGCUAAGUAAACCGAUAAAAGUAGUUGAAUCAUACACAUUUUAGCACAAGAUGAUAGUACUUGUAUAAAAUAUAAUGUAUAAAAUAAUAAGAAAUUUGUCGAAUUAAUAUGCAUUUGAUGAUACUUUAAUUAUAGGAGAGGAAUUGUAUAUUACGUCUUGAAUUACAAAUAAAUCUUUUUAUAUACA